AUGUACGCCCCUGACGGCGAGGGCCACGGCAACCAACAACCAUCCCUGGUCAAUCCAUGGUGGCUUCAUCCGCCAGCUGGACGUACUGUUGUUGGGCACGAGCGCGAUCAGGAAGGAAAAUACCCACUCGAAGGUGGCAGAGACAGGGGUGGCGAAGGUCACGGGGUUGGGCCUAGGGGUGGCAUCAUGGACUCUCACCAGCACCAGUUCUGUCUCAAGUGGAAUAGUUUCGGUAGCAACUUAGCGACAGCGUUCUCGAAUUUGUUCAAAAGCGAGAGUCUGACCGAUGUCACCCUGUUCUGCGAGGGGGUAACGUUCAAGGCACAUAGGUUGAUCCUCGCAGCAUGCAGCAAGCACUUUCAGGAGCUCUUCGAAGGAAUGCCUCCUUCCCCGGCGGGACUGAUCGUUAUUCUCGAUGGGACGAGUGCCCACAAUAUGGCAUCCCUUCUUGAAUUCAUGUACCGUGGAGAGGUACACGUGUCCCAGGAAUCUCUCAGCUCUUUCCUCAAAGCAGCCGAAUGCCUCCAAGUAAAGGGUUUGUCCAUCGAGCACGAAAAGCUGGCAGUGGCGCAGAGGCACGCCGCGGAGAACAAUAAUACGUCGACGGAGACCGGGGGUGGCGUUAAUGGCGGCGGUGACAACGGGAAUAGCGUCGGCGGAAACGUGGGCAGCGUCGGUGGCGGCGUGGGCGGUGGUAUCGGCGGCGUCGGCGAGGUGAGCGACUUGGGCGAAACGGGUGAAGCAACCAUGGUGAGAAACACUAUGAAGAGGACCCCCACACCGGCACCGUCGCCCGCCCCUGCCUAUACCGUGCCCAGCGUCUAUUCUACCUCUCACUAUUACGAAAGUCCACCGAAAAGGCUGAUGAGAUCGCCUAGCGACGUUGAUUCUUUGGGAAGGGCAAGUGUGCUGCGUGACGGUACUGCCUUCCGGCCCGCAUCCGCGCCACAUCCGCUUCUUUUGGAGAACCACUUCUAUCAGCCGUUCACCCACCCCUCAGAGACGCCCGCACACCCCCACACUGCGCCGCACACGCCGACGGAAUUGGAACAGGAAUUGGAACGAUCGAGGUCCGAGGAACGUAGCAAUUGCGAUCUCAAGGAAAGCGUAGCCGAAGAUCUUCGAAUAAAGCAAGAACCGGUGGCGCUGACUGAUCGCGAGAGGGCAGAGAAAUUGGCGGAAAGACUGUCAGGCGAAGUUUAUUCCGGAGGCAGGGGAUUCGACGGUAGCCACUACGGCUCAAACUCGGAUCACAUGCAGCAUGGGGCGCAAAUGGGCUCCGCCAUGGUCCCAUUACCACCGGCUCACCCACCGACUCCUGAUCUCAGUCCUGCACCCACCACCCCCGCUAUGUGGAACACGAAGAUCAACAAGGCUGGCACUGUAUCCACUCCCGAUGGGAAGAAACUAAAGUGUCCAUUCUGCGAAAGAUUAUACGGCUACGAGACGAACCUGCGCGCUCACAUACGGCAACGUCACCAGGGCAUCAGGGUGCCCUGUCCAUUUUGUUCGCGGACGUUCACGCGGAACAACACCGUCAGACGCCAUAUAGCGCGGGAGCACAAAGCCGAGCUGAACCUGAAGGCCUUCCAACAGUCGAACCACUCGGUGUCGGACACGGUGCCACAGUAAAACGACGACCGGCGUCGUCGGCUGUCGUCGUCGUGGUCGUCGAACUCGCCAACGAGUGGAACGGAAACGAACGCGAGUGGACUUCGAGCAUAG